AGUUCACCGAUUGCUGUGGGGGAAAGUGGAAAGCGUACGUUACAUUCUCUGACAUCGGUUCCGAAUUCUCAAAAUCGGAUAAUUUCAGUGCUUGUCAAAUGGAGAAUGGCUCAAUAGGUAUCGAAACGCUUAAAAUUGAUAAUAAAACAUGUCCUGAAAAUCGGGUACAUCCUUUAUAAACUUUUUAAACUCUUUUUAGUGUUUUUUCGGAUUGUGAUUGUGUAUAUAUAAUGGAAACGGUUUCGCUUUUAUAAAAAAUUUUACGAUGUCAAACAAAUUUUCGGAUUGCGUUGUUGUUUUCGCUCUGUUUUUAUUUAUAUUUCAUUAUGUGUCACUCAGUCCUUCUCCAGCAAAACGCAGCGAUGUUAAAAAAGACCAAUGUAAUAAGACAGUCGAAAUUUACGAAGACGUUUCCAGUCCGGAGGUGACGGAAGGUAAUUUCGGUAAACCGAUGACGUGCUGGUACCGAUUUAGAUCGUUCCGUGGUACGCCCAAGGACUGGAUACUAAGGAUAAAGUUUAACAAGUUCAAAAUAGGAAAUUUGCUCAACGCCACGCAUUGCGAAGGAGGAUAUUUACAGAUCGUGGAUGGUAACGCCAAAACAGACGUCUCCAAUCGAAAAGAACCUGGAAUCUUUUGCGGAGAAAGCGAGCAGCCGCAGACUUUUAUGUCCGAAACGUCGUUCGUCAAAGUAUUUUUUCACGUCGAAAAUUACACCGACCAAACGUACCUCAGCUUUGAUACGAGGGCGGAACAACAACUUGUCGUUUAUUUGAGAUAUGGACAACAUCCGGAGCUGUAUCCGAAUAGAAGAGGAGAAGUUGUACAGGGGUCAUAUUGCGAAAGGAUAUUCAGAGAUUGUCGCCUUCAAACUUGUUACGUUCAAUCUCCAGCUUAUCCCGGUAUCUACCCUAGGAAUUUGCAUUGCAGAUACUACCUAAACACCCGACUGCCUUUUAUCAAGCUCUACAUCGAAAACGAAGAGUUCAACAUUGAUGGACAGCGAUGCGAGAAUAUUAUGACUUGCCCCAUGCGACCGAUUUCAUCAGGCGAAGAAAAUUGUCCGUACGAUUAUAUAAAAAUCUACGACGGAAAGAAUGAGUUCAGUCCCGUUAUUGGUACAUUUUGCGGAAUGGGCAAAUUCCCUUACUCCAUUAUCGGCACAUCUCAGGACCUUUUUGUGGAAUUUGUGUCGUCUCCUGCAGGACCGCUACUAAACACUGGAUUCCAUUUCAACGUAGGCAAUUGGCCUGGACACGUUGAUACUGCUGGUAGUAGAAACGGCACGUGCGAUUGGUUACUUUCCUCGGAAAGUCUCAGAGCUUCGGGAGAUUCAGAAGGUAUAUUUCUAUCAGUGGCUCACUGGUAUCCGCCCCAUACCAGCUGUACAUAUCUAAUACAAGGCGAAGAAGACGAAAUCGUAAGGCUGUACUUUCCUAGUUUCAGAAUAAAUCGUAUAGAGUCUCCUAUAAGACCCAUAGAGGGAGAUUGCGGAGAAUCGCUCACAUUAUACGACUCUUCUUGGCCUGAUGAUGCUAAAAUUAUCAAAACGUUCUGUGAUACUUUUUCGAAAGCAAUGGAAAAACAUGAUUUCGUGUCGUCUGGUAAUUCGCUUUUCGUCAGAUUCGAAAGUAAAACCGGAAGUUAUAGUGGGUCGUCAUUAUAUUAUUGGGCUCAUUACGAUUUUUUCAACAAUACAAAACUAGGAGAAGCGAUACCUGGUAAACAAUGCGAUGAAAUAUUCUCUUCGUGGAAACAAAUCAAAGGUUGGUUGAGAUCUCCUCUCAAUACCUUGGUAUACAAAACUUCCCAAACCAGUGACGACGUUAGUUGUUUAUACAGAUUCGUAACGGACAAAAGGCUUUUCGCUAGGAUAAUUUUAACGAUCAACAAUGUAUUUUUCAAAGAAUCCCCUUACAACCACGGUCCUUGUACAAACUGUUUGGAAGAUCGUGUGGAUAAACUGGUGAUAUGGGAGCCUCUUCCUUCGGGAGCUAAUUCAUCUUAUCCUCCGAUUUCAUUGAAUAAGGCGGCUCAAAACGGCGAUGUGACUUGUAUAUGUAAUCGACAAGCAUUCUCUACACAGAUAAUAUCGAAGGGAGAGCAGCUCAAUUUACAGAUGAUCAUCGAUAGCAGUCACAGUUCCCUUAGUUAUUUUAAACAUCCCGAAUCACUUUUCGAAGCUACUUACGAAUUCGUUCACGGACCUCUAUGUGGACCGGCUAUCAUUCAACCUAUAACAGAUGGAGAGAUACAUUAUCCUUAUUAUGAAGCUAUUGGUUACGUCGAACCACCUAAAUCCAUAAGAUGCAUUUGGGAGAUCAAGGUUAAUAGAGACAGAGAUUUUUGGCUACAUUUUGAUCAGAUUAAGUUUUCUUCGAAAUCUUGCGAUGACGGUAUAGUGGAUAUCUUCCUCAAAGGUCGUUUGGAUCCGUAUCUAUCUGUUUGUGGUGAAAACGUCUCUCUAGCGAAAGAACUCCCGAUUUUAAGCUCGGCGGAAUUGAGCCCAGACGGAACUGAUCCUAGUAUUACUAUACAGUUUAUAGGAAGGACGUCUCCAACGAGGGCGGCAUUCAAAAUUGCGUGGACGGAGAUGUUUCAUUUACCUCGAAACGUUGACGGGUCGUCUUUAAUGUCUAGCCGCUUGACAGAAGGCGGUAAUCCAGAAGAUCCCUUGGGAGACGGUUGCGAAUUCGCUUGUCCCGGUGAACAAGGACUUUGUAUACCGGCCAGACUGGUAUGCAACGGAGUCGUCAAUUGUCCCAACGUAACAGAUUAUAAAGGUACAGCUUAUAGUGAUGAAGCGGCCGAAUUGUGCGUCAAAGAAAACACCCCUGAAAUCAAUUGGAUAUACGUAGGGGUCGCUACAGUAUCAGUGUUAAUUUUGUUUUGUUGUUUUUGUUUCUGCGCGUGCAGACGAUGUUGUAGAUACUGUUGCAGAGACGACGAUUGAGAGUGGAAGCUUUUUUUAGCACAGUUUCAUGAUUUUUUUCAUUAAUAUCAAUUUUUUUCUUGUAAAUAUGUAGGAAGAAGUAAUAAUGGACAGUUAUCGAUUUUUAAUUACCAUUUUUUAUAUAUACAUAUAAACUCAUAUCUUGUGGGACUGUGCGAAAAAACUGAAGAUGCCAUCGAAAUCAACCUUGUUCAAUUCCAAGAGCCUUAAUGAAUAAAAUCAACCGUUUUUAUUAUUCUUAGAUUGAUUAGAGGUUAUUUCUGAAAAUCUGAAUAGAAUAGAAAAUAUUUGCAAAUUAGCAAAUUUUUGACAUUUUCUAUAUUUAGAUGUUCAAAAUGAGUCGUGUAAAAAUACUAAAAAUAAAGAGUGCACUUCAAUUAUGAAAGAACAUUGUAAAUUCGAUUAUAAUGUACGAAUACAUGUUGCUCAAAAACAUUUAUUUCACUAUAAAUAUAGAUAAUUUGUUAGAUACAUUCCCCAACGUGUUAUUGCCGAAACUUUUGGGCAACAUCGUAUAAAUAUUAUUUGUUUAUAUAUACAUACAAAAAAGAAGAAUUCAACCUGCACAGUUUAUACCUAUAGUUGAAGCAACAUGACCAUAUGAUAGAAAAGUUACUUUUUAAGUUUGUAUUGUGGACCACACUAUCAUAAAAAAGAAGAAAUACCACAUGGCUGCUUGUCGAUUAUAUCUGUCAAACUAUCGAAUCAAUUGAGCAAUAGAACGAAUUGUCAACAUCAGCUGAUGUCCAUAUCAAAAUGGCCACCGUGUGGUAAACAAAUGCUUUUGCCGUAAGUUUCUGUGUAGUUUAUGAAGUUAUUUGUUGGAUUCCUUUAUCAUUUCUAGUGUCAUUGUGAAAUAGCUUCUUAAUGAGUUGUUGCUUGUACAAAAUUUCCUCUUGAAAACGUAGAUUAGUUUUUUUUAUUAUGCAGUGUUGUCCUUAGUGUAGAUAAGCAGUGAAUACAGUCUAAAAAGCAAUUAUAUUGGAAACUAGCGGAAAAUGAGGAGAAUUCUGUUUAAAGCUCUUUUCAUCUAAUGGAAAGGAGUAAACUCCACUAAAAGCUUUAAGUUUGUUCUAGAAUGCAACAGUAGAAAGUUAUGUUAUUCCCGUCAUUUGAGCACAAAAUAAAUACAAUCGUACAAUUUGUCAGUUUCUUGGAAACCUACUUGCAGACUGACUAGAAAAAUUGCAACAAUACUCAGUUUCAGCUGAUUUUAAAAAUCCCCUUCACACCAUAAAACAAAAAAUCAAUAUAAAAUAACUCUCCCUUCAUUAAAAUAACAAAAGCUAACACCAGUGUGUACGAAAGAAGCGAUUGUUUGCCCUACGACAGCCAUUUUAACUAGAUCAAUUGUUUUCUUAGAUUACCUAAUUGAUUCCACUAAAGCAGAGCUGACCAAAUAGCAACCGAGGUGGAGGCCAAUAUAUAUUUUAAUUAGACACCUGACAGAUGCCUAGUUCGUCACACUAGAAAAUACAGUUAUAUUAAAUGAUAUUUUGACAAAAAAAGUGAUAAAAUUAACAUCAAAAUAAUAUUGUACGACUAUACGUGAUUAUAUAUUCCCUUGACUGAUUUGUAAUGACUUAUUUUUUUUUUUUCGAUUCUUCUACUAUAAUUGAGAAUAAUAAUAAUUAUUUUAGAAGAAUCAAAACACUUUCCAAGAAUAAGAUUUCUGGUAAAUUGAAUUUUCGUUAUCUAAAGUCAAAAAUCCCUAUAGGUUGAUGUCGGUCCUUGUAAAUUUUUAAUCACUUUUCUUUUUCCCUUUAAGUAUAACAUUAAGGUUGACUGUAUUUUUUUAUAAUUUUUUCUAACCUAACCUCAAAAUCAGUUUCACGAUUACUGUCUAGCUGAAGCUUCGCAUUAUUAGUUUAAAUCUUUGAGAAACUGAAUAUCUUUUGUAAAUGAAUGUAAUUAACUGAUAUCUUUUCAAUAUAAACUUCUAAAGUAACUUAAAAAUUACGUAAAUACGUGAUAGUGCGUUUUUAUUUUAAUAAUGUACAUAUUUCCACAUCAUGUGAUAUAAAUGACAUUGUUUUAA